CUUCGUUAUCAUAUAUAUAAAAAUGAAUUACGUGAAAGGAAAGAUUGCUGAAAACUUACAUGUACCAGAACUUGUUGAUACUGUGCGUGCACAUGGCACCAAAUACUUUUAUUCAUACAGCAAGCAAUAUCCUUACAUGCGACAAACAUUGCCUACCAACAAUAUGACAGAUAGUAAAAGAAAGAAGUUACUCAAGAAAAUUGAAAGAAUUUCCCAUUGGCUAGAUAAUGCCGUGCCUCAUUCGCCUAUUCCUUUAGGUCUUGAUUCCAUCUUGGGUUUCAUUCCUGUCAUUGGUGGUUCCAUGGGCGGUUUGUUCGCACUUUAUCAAGUUUAUUUGUCAACCACAUUUGGUAUUCCACUCUGGUUGUUUAUGCAUAUGAUUUUGAAUAUUAUGAUUGAUUUUGUGUUCAGUUUAAUACCAAUCCUCGGUGGCUUUCUUCAUAUGUUCUACAAGGCGAAUAUUUACAAUUAUGAGGAAUUGAGAGACUAUCUUGAUUCACCUGAGUAUUUAGAAAGAGCACAGCUAAGAGAAAGAAAGACAGCACAAGAUGAUAUUGCACCAGGUGAAAUCACUUGGACACAACUCGGAAAAGACAUCAAAGGCUAUUUACCUAUUGAUUCGAUUACACAAGCAACCAAGAGAAGUAAUAGCUUUAAAAAGUAGUUAUUUUUAAAUAAAUUACAAAUAUAAGCAUUUAA